UCUCGAUAGGCAGCAGCCACCACGAAUGAUAAGUAAAGAAAGGAAGGGAUAGGGUACCCCUCACUACACACAGCAGAUGUGAGCAUCGAGGGCACCGCGCCAAGCCAAGGCUGGACUUUGUCCCAUCACCGCUGUGCCGGUUGUAUGACAGUCGGGCCAGGCAAUUCAGGCUACAGCUGCGAGCAAGCUUUCACUUUUGCCUAAAAUCAACAACCCAGGCACAGGACACAGGAAAGGAUCUGCAAAGGACACCAGGGACCCAGCAGUCAUAGCGAGAGGCUCAGUCGAGACGUCCACCCACUCCCCAAAUCCCGAGGACAGCUUUUUGGGUUAUCUGUUAGGAGGGAAAGAGACCUCCGAAUCCAGCCUUCUGGUGGGUGAAUGACUGCGGGGGAGACGUGAAGUGGAGCUUUGAGGAACUGGGAGUCUUAUCCCGGAAAGCUGCCAACAUGCUCCUUGGUCCAUGCGGCUUGCAAAGAGGUGACCGGAUCAUGACAGUUCUACCCCGGAUUCCAGAAUGGUGGCUACUAAGUGUGGCUUGUAUGCGGACAGGUUAGUCAAUAUUACGGGCAAUAAAAUAGUCAUUAGUGUUGGGAGGAUUUGGAGGGUAGGAUAGGAUAUUAUUUUAUUAUUUAUCCUUCCUCUUACUUGUGUGAGUUCAAUGUCUAGUUAGCAGAGUUUAAAAUUUAGCAUCCCUUUGCAGCAUCAAAUAUAGACACUUUUGGGACAAAGGUUGCUUAACCUUAUUAGUAAUUAUCCAGGAUGCUUUAGCAGACUAGAACUUCCCAUUUUAUCCCUUUUAUCUGAUUUAAAUAACAACACUGUAAUGUAAGUGUCAGAGGUUGUUGCGACUACUCUAGAGUAACGACCUUCCACAUGCUUGUCUUUUAACAGUCUUUAUUGGUGCACUCUAUUUACAGUGUAACGAGGUGCUGGAAACAUGUCUGCUUAUUCCGAACCAGAAUCCGGCACUGCCCCUUUUCGCGACUUGGACCAACAUAAGAGUCGCGGGACAGCGAAUCUCCUCCCCUUUCUCCUCCUCCUUAAUUCCGGUGCCGGGGGAAAGGGUCUGCGCUCCGUCUUUUCCCUCUCCCCCUUUUCCGUCUCUCUCCUUUCCCGCCUGUGGAGCAGGGGCUCUCCCAUGCUGCCAGAGACCUGGCUCCCUCUCUCUCCGCUUCCUGACUAGCCCCUUCAGACCCCACGCUUUCAUGGCUGCUUGGGGACGAACUGCUUCUGACGAGAGGGGGAGGUUCUCUGCAAUCUCUCCCCCUUACAGCAUUGUUUUUAUUCCAGGGACACCCCAGUUAACCGCCAAAGACAUCUCCUACAGGCUCCAGGCUUCCAAAGCCAAAUGCAUCGUGGUCAGCGACGCCUUGGCCCCCGCAGUGGACUCGGUCCUGUCCGAAUGCACAUUUCUGAAAACCAAGCUUCUUGUGUCUGACAGCAGCAGAGAUGGCUGGCUGAACUUCAAGGAUCUCUUCCAAGCAGCACCUGCCAACCAUGACUGUGUUAAGACAACAAGCGACGAGCCCAUGGUCAUCUACUUUACUAGCGGGAGCACAGGGUCUCCCAAAAUGGUGGAACAUUCCCACUGCAGUUACGGGAUUGGAUUUACAGCAAGCGGCAGGCACUGGAUGAAUCUGACUCCUUCAGAUAUAUUCUGGAAUACAUCUGACACAGGAUGGGUGAAGUCAGCUUGGAGCAGCGUGUUUGCUCCGUGGAUCAAUGGGUCCUGCGUCUUUGUACAUCACCUGUUGAAAUUCGAACCCACGGUCAUAAUAAAUACUCUCAACCGAUACCCAAUCACGACUUUCUGCACAGCUCCUACUGCAUACCGGAUGUUGGUUCAGCACGAUCUCACCAGCUGCAAAUUCAUGAGCCUGAAGCACUGUGUGACAGGAGGGGAACCACUCAUCCCAAAAGUGAUGGAGCAGUGGAAGGCUCAGACGGGGCUGGAUAUCUAUGAAGGCUAUGGACAAACAGAAACAGUAACAAUAUGUUCCAAUAUAAAGGGAAUGAAAAUCAAACCAGGCUCACUAGGAAAGGCUUCUCCACCAUAUGAUGUCCAGAUUGUAGAUGAUGAAGGCAAUGUUCAACCUCCAGGACAAGAAGGGUACAUUGCGAUCAGGAUCAAACCCAAGCAACCAUUUUGUCCUUUCCCAGGGUACUUAGAUAACCCUGAGAAAACAGCAGCUAGUGAACGUGGCGAUUUUUAUAUCACUGGAGACAGAGCGAUUAAAGAUGAAGAAGGUUAUUUCUGGUUUGUCGGAAGAUCAGAUGAUUUGAUUAAUUCUGCCGGGUACCGUAUCGGCCCGUUUGAAGUGGAGAGCGCCUUGAUAGAGCACCCGGCUGUGGUGGAAUCAGCUGUGGUCAGCAGCCCGGAUCCCGUGAGAGGAGAGGUGGUGAAAGCUUUUGUCGUCUUGUCACCUGCCUUUUUAUCACAUGACCCAGAAGAAUUAAUCAAGGAGCUCCAGGAUCAUGUGAAAAAGGUGACUGCUCCUUACAAGUAUCCUAGAAAGGUCGAGUUUGUCCAAGAGCUGCCAAAGACGGCUGCAGGGAAAAUGCGAAGGAACGUUUUACGGAAAAGAGAGUGGGGGAAUGUCUAGCUUUGGAAGGAUAUUUGCAUAUGCAGAAUCGUCCUGCAAUCAGCUGUUUGCUCUGACGAUGGAGAGUUUCCCCAUCUUGCCUUCAUACCCUAAUCUAUUGCUAAGUUAUGAUAUCUCAAGCAAAGAGAUUCAUGUCGUCCAGCAACAAUAACUAUACUUUCUCCUAAGUUUGCUUCUCUUCAUAUGAAUAUCUCGACGUUCUACCCAUUCUUCUUGGCUUUACCUUUUUGGCAUGACUUUCUAUGCCAAAAUACCGGCAUGCUUUCUCAGCAGGCCAACUGUUUUGAAAAGGCACGAGCCUUAAGAUGGGCAGGGAGUGCCACUUCACAACACUUCACAGCAUGGACCCAUGAAAAAAAAUGGGCAAAUUGCCAUGCGAAACUCCCGUUAUUUUCCAGGUUGAUGGGGCUGCAAAUUGAUUUUUUUUCUAGACCUAAAUAACACGGAAAUGGGCAUGAAACUUCCACUACAUUCCAUUCCUUUAGUUUUCCAGAACUGCCUUUCUACAUCAUGUGGAAGCUCAAAUAUAAUGGGCAAAAUAACAGCUAGGGGAACAUCGGGCGAAUGGAAUUAAUUGCAGUGAUAAUGCAGCCUUUGUUGCCAAAGUGAAACUGCAAUACAUCAGGAAUUCUCCACUGUUACAUUUUUAUUAUUAUUUCCAAAUUAGAUCGAGAGCCUGUGGCCCUUCAAAUGAAGUUGGUGGAUUCAGUCUCCCAUCCAUCACAAGACAGCAUGGCUAAUGGUCAGAGAGGAUGGGAGUUGUAGUCCAGCAACAUCUGGAGAGACCCUGCUGUGUAGAAUGCAAUGGAUGUGUAGUUUGCUGCAGCUUGCAGUUCUUCAGCUCAUUCUAGGGAUGGGCAAAUUUGUUGAUUCUGGUUUCUUGUUUUUCCAAUCUUAAAUCGGGUUCUAGAUUAGAUUGUCUAUUGUUUUUUAAGUCUGCGGAAAAAUUCAUUGGCAUUCCUGCCGGCAUUUCUGCUAAUAGAUGCAUUUUUGUAUGCAAUGUUACCGAAUUUAAAGAUUUUGGCAAUCAAUUUCCCUUAAUAUAUCAAAUCUUUGAAUAUUAUUUUCAUGUGUGCACUUCUUGGUGCAUCUAUGUACAAAUUCUUUGGUUGGAAAACUUCAUUGCAAAAUUCAGUAAAAUGUGGGUUUUAAAGGAGAGCUGCAUUCCCCCCCCCCCCAUGUAUUGGUUCGGGAAGUGCAAAUGUGGUAGGUUUGUAUUAAAAUAUGAACUGAACUAAUCUCUAUCCCAUCCCCAAGUCAUUCAUAUAUUUCCCCUCCUUUGUGUUGCUUGGAAUGGAACCUCUGCAAAUGCGGUUUGGCAAGUAUCUGUUAAGCAGGAGGUGUAAAAUGGAGGUGGAAUAUGGACAAUGCUUCUUUGAAACACAUGUUUUUAACAAUGUCCCACACUAAGUUUUGGGAGAAAGUAUUGCAUUGUAUAAAUAAUACGUUACAGAGGAAUUUAAGAUUUUCAAAGGUGAACGUUCUUUUGAACUACAUACCUAUUCUAUGGAAAGUGAAAACGGAACAGUGAAAAUGGAUUCUACGUGCCAUAAUGGUGGCUAAGAAAUUGAUAUUGAUGAACUGAAGGAACAGAGUUAUGAUUCCCCUUAAUCAAUGGCUUGACAAUAUUACAACAUUAGCAACAUAUGAACAGACUGCAUAUAGACACAGACUUUCUUUGGAUGGGUAUAAUGAUAUAUGGAACGACUUUACAGAGAAUAUAUUAAGUUAUUGAUAAAGAUAUUUGUACUAGACCAAUACUAGCAUACAGAAAUGUAAUUAAGUGUUUUUCUUUCAUUUCUAUUUUCAUUCAUGUUUUUCUUUUUUCUUUUUCUUUUUCAUCACUCUUUUUAUAAACGAAAUUCUUCUAAUAAAAUACUAAUUAAAA